AUGAAGCUGACUCUGGUGCAGAUCUUCUUCAUGAUGUUGUUGCUGCUGCUGGGCCUAGGGGUGGGCCUGGGCGUGGGACUCCAGAUGGCAGCAGCCGUCCUGGAGGAAAGUGAUCAGCUACUGGAUGAGCUUCUGUCCAGUGACUCACAGGACAAAGUUGAGGCCACUAAGGAAGGACUGGACAGCCGAAGCAUGGAAACCCUGCUGGUUAGCAACAAAGAAGUGGUGCAACCAGAAGACACCAUCACCAGUGAAGAUGAAGUUGGCGGAGACAGGACGCUCAGAGCUGAGGUUCUUUUAGAGAACAACAAAGACUAUCUUAGAUCUGACAUGAUGGACAGGGAAUGCAAUGCCCUGAUGGCACCGAAGUUGAAGUCAAAAGACCAGGCAUGCAUACCCCAAUACAUAUUUAUCCACGAGGAGCUAGAUGCAGUCAAAGCUGUCUGUAAGAGUCCUGCUGUUGCCUGUGAUCUCAAGGGAGGCAAAUGCCACAAAAGCCCCCGUCCUUUUGAUUUGACAUUCUGCAAGUUAUCCAAAUCAGGCCAAGUGAUUCCUCACUGUAAUUAUGUAACUUUUAUUCUUGAAAAGUACAUUCUUAUGUCCUGUAGUGAUAUGAAAGUCCAGAUAACAUCUAAGUCAUGAAGUAACACUUCUUCACCUUCUCACUUUUGUCUUCCUUUCACUUCAUUUCCUUACUAUUCUCAUCCUUAAGUAUUCUGCAAAGAAGGGUUUGGGAAGAGAAGCUGGACUAUUCUGAUAAAUACAAAAAUAUAAAUCUUCUUUCCCUAGGGUUC